AUGUUCUUCAAACAAAACCACCAGACCACACCACACCUCACCACACCUCACCACAACCGUACCACACUACACCACACCUCACCACAACCGUACCACACUACACCAUACCUCACCACGACCAUACCACACUACACCACACAAGAAUAUCCGUCUCAUGGCAGGAACAGCCCCCACACCAUUAACAACAACAACAUUGAUUGUAUCGGCAACGAAGAUAAUGAUGAUUAUUAUAAUGAUACAACUAUGACAACAAGAACAAUGAAGACAUCAAAGCAAAACAAUCCAAGUUGCCCUCAAUCCAUUCAGAGCAUCAUUGCAUCUCACGCUGACGUCAUUACAAUAAUUCCAGUCGUCCAAUCUAAAUUCAGUGCUCAUCUACUCUUUAAUUAA